AUGAUUCUGAUAACCAAAAGUGUUCAUGGUACUUCUGGGUUUGAGCAGCCAAAAGUAUUUUCAGAAGAGGAAAGGGGAUGUAUCCAGAGAGGGAGAAACAGGGUUUUCUGCCCCGGGGACACCACUGCCUCCCACGUACCCCCCCACCGGCGAAUAAUCAUCACUCCCACCUCGGAGCAGGGAGCCUUCGGGCUGUCCCGGGAGUCGCCGACUCCUCCCCCAGGCCUGACCCGCUGUGGGGCGAAGCCGGUGAACCCCGCUUCGCCUCCCGCACAGCUGCCUUCCCGCGGCGCUGCGCCCGACAGCCGCCGGGCUCCGCCGCUGCCCACAGCUCCCGAGCAGCGUUCGCCGCCAACCCUGAACCCACCGCACUCUUUUUAUUUUUUCCGCCCCACGUGGACAAGGAAGACAAUCCGUCAGCCUCCUGUCACUCACGUUGGCCGAGGUCCCAAGGAGCGACCUCCGCACCUCAUACAGACACCACGACUCGCGACUCCCAGAAACCCCUGCGCCAAAACCCAAGAUCCGGAAGCAAACCCGGGCUCUUCCAACGCACGUCAUAGACGGAGGCAGCCACCAAUCCGCGGAAGCCAUACGUUGGCAUGGCGACGGCGUGGGGCCGAGCCUAGGCGUUCGAGAGGCCGGGCGUUUGAAACCAGUGCUUUAGAGAAGGCUCUGAGCGCGCUUGUGUACCUAGAGGUCUCUUCCGUCUUUUCCUUCUCCGACCCUCUCCUAGACCCUUUCGUGGACAGAAAGCUCCGGGUAGCCGACUCCACAUCCCCGACCAGCGACAGAGAGCGUAGAAAAGGAUUACACCCAACUGAUAUAUCCACCGGCUCCUGCUUCGUUUCUGCUGAGCUAGACCCAGCGAGCCUAGAGAGUUGGGCUGAAUAACUAGUAUUUUCAUUUAAUUGGAUUUGAAGAAAGAACAAAUAUAUACGGGGGCAACCACGAUCUUUAUAAAGAACAUAAGUUCCAGGAAAACAGGAACCUUGUCUCUUGUUCACCUGUAUAUCGUCCGCAUAUAGAACAGUGCGUGGCACAUAAUAGGUGCUGAGUAAGUAUUUGUUGAAUGAAUGAAUGAUUGUUGCACUAUGAGGUGGAGAAAUGAAGUAAUAAUGACAAGGUGCUGACACCAUCACAGAAAAUACCCUUGGUUUUUGUUCCAGUGGCCUUUAACAUCUAGCCCAACACCUAAUCUUUUGAUAACCAACCAUGAUUAAAUAACCACUCCUGUAAUUUCAUUAAUAGCAACAUAUAAUCAGUUUGUGAAAUUUAAAGCUCUGACUUAAUGGUCUGAAAGCAUUAAUAAGAAAUAAGAAAAUUAAAGUGUUAAUAAGUAUUAAGUAAAAAGUUUAUGUAAGUGAUUUGAAAGUACUAAUAAGAAAACUACAAAGCUUUUGGCUUAACUGUUUUGAAAGUAUUAGAAAAAGAAACUAAAAUUAAGUUUACU